AUGAUAAGUUUAUUACUGAGCAUUCUUUUUAUCCUACUGAUAGCAGAAUUUGUUUUAGGAAAUUUUGCCAACAUCUUCAUAACCCUGGUGAAUGGCAUUGACUGGGUCAAGGGGAAAAAGCUCUCCUGUGCUGAUGGAAUUCUCACUGCCCUGGCAGUCUCCAGGAUUGGCUUGCUCUGGGUAAUAUUGUUAAAUUGGUAUGCAACUGUGUUAAAUCCAGGUUUCUAUAGUUCAGGAGUAAGAACUAUUGUUUAUAUUGCCUGGGUAGCAAGCAACCAUUUUAGCCUCUGGUUUGCUGUUAGCCUCAGCAUCCUUUAUUUGCUCAAAAUAGCCAAUUUCUCCAAUCUUUACUUUCUUCACCUAAAACGGAAAGCUAAAAGAGUGGUUCUCAUGCUACUGUUGGGCUCUUUGGUCUUCUUGGCUUGUCAUGUUGCAGUGUUAAGUUUAGAGGUAAAAACAGGGAUGAUUGAAUAUGAAGGAAAUAUCACUUGGGUGACCAGCUUGCGGCACAUUGCACAUCUCUCAGAUGAGAUGAUAUUCACGAUUGUGCACAUCAUCCCCUUUACCCUAUCCCUGAUGGCUUUACUGCUGUUACUCUUUUCCAUGUGGAAACAUCUCAAGAAGAUGCAGCUCAGUGGCAUCGGAUCCCAAGAUGUCAGCACCAAGGUCCAUGUAAGAGCCAUGCAAACUCUCAUCUCCUUUCUCUUGUUCUUUUUCAUUUACUUCGUGACUCAAAUCAUCUCAAUGUGGAGUUUUACUACUCCACAGAAUAAUUCAGGUGAAAUAUUGUGCUGGAUUUUUGGAAACCUCUAUUCUUCAUGCCACUCAUUCAUCCUGAUUUGGGGUAACAAGAAGCUAAGAGAGGCCAUUCUAUCAUUUCUGUGGCAGCUGAAGUGCUGGUUGAAAAAAAGGAAGUAA